AUGAGAGAGAGAGAUUUCAAGGGAGAUGCUGCAAAGACUGUUCACUUUGUAAUCCACUACAGCUGGAGGGAGGCGAGCGGAGUCCUUCAGUCACACAAGCCGUGCGCCUCCAUCGCUCGUCGGGCACCUGAAGAGUCUUGUCGUCAGCUCCUCUCCACCUCUGCGUCUGCUGCGAGCCCCGCGGGUUCUUUCGCUCUAUCACAACUCUUCCCCCUGGACGUCUCCUUCAUCGACUUGAGCGAUGUCGUUCAGCGAAGUUGGCCAAAGAAAUGGGGGAGAAAACACAUUCAGGGUCUGAGCGGCGGGAGAAAGUGUGGAGGAAAGAGCAAAGUAAAAGGCAAAGACUUUGAGGUCCGUGCGCGCUUAUGA